AGCGUUACAUAAGAAAGCGGUUGUGAUUACAUUUAUUCCUCAGCAAAAUGUCUUCAAAUGAACAGGUGGAUGGAAAGAAAAAGACAGACAACAAGAAUGCUACGACUGUUUCAGAAGAAAGAAGAUGUUCUGUUUGCACCAAAAAGAAUCUUGCGAAUUGUGCAGAAAAGUAUUGUAUUGAAUGUAACGAUUUUUAUUGUAAUGUAUGUGUAACGCUUCACGAGGAAAUACCAGCUUUAUCAAAUCAUCAGUUGAUUGAGAAAAAAGAUUUUACAACUAGAUCUGGACGCUUACUACUACCCUCUAUUCCGACGGAGCGAUGUCGAACCCAUCGGACGAACACUGUUGAUAUGUAUUGCAUUGAUCAUGAUACUGUUGGUUGUCACACGUGCCUAUCUCUGGGACAUGGGUAUUGCAAAAAGUUGUAUAUACCCGAGAAUAUUGGACAGCUUUCACAAGCAAGUGGAGAUAAAGCAGAAAUUGUUAAACAAGAAGCAAUUGAAUUGCGGGAGAGAUUGUUACUCGCAUUUAAACGACGAGAGACAGACAAAAAGUCUGUUCAGACAAAAUAUGAAAAUGCAAAACAUUCCAUUAAAAAAUUUCGAAGAGAGAUGAAGAAGAAACUUAAAGAACUGGAAGUGUCAACUGUGGCAGUUUUGGAUUCAGAAUGUGACAUAUUCGUUCAAAAACUUGACGAAGAAAUAAAAUCUUUGUCGCACUUUGUACGAAAGCUUGAUGACAACAUUGGCAAUUUGAAAAUAUCUUCAGAAUCAAACAACGCCUCGCAGUUAUUUGUAGCCCUGCAAAUUUUAAGCAAAGACAUUUCCGAAACAAAAUCUGUUUAUAAAACAAUGUCUACUCAAGUAGUGAAAAGCAUUGAUUUUAUACCGGAUAAGUCUUUGACGAAAAGUAUCCAAUGCCUUGAAAACUUGGGAACUAUUGACUAUAAUAGUAUAGACAAACCGGCACCACUUUGGGAGAUAAAAAGCGCUGAAGAUAUAUCUGUUCGCACAGAAGAAGAUUCGAAAGACUGUUCUAUAAGAAGUGCAUGCAUAACACGUCUUGGACAUAUCCUCCUUGUAGACAGUAAUAAUUCCAAUAUCAAAUUGCUGGACAGAGCUGCACAAAAAGUUGUAGAUACUUGCACGCUUGAAACAACGGCAUGGUCUGUGUGCACUUUAGAAGGUACCAAAUCAAUCGUUUCUCUACCACGUGCUAAAAGAGUUAGGAUAAUUGAAGCAGACGGUCAAAUUAAACCCACAGGAUUCAUUCAUAUUGGAUACGAGUGCUUUGCCAUUGCCUAUUCUAUGAAGGAAUUAUAUGUUUCUGAUGAACAUGGCUCUGUGAUUGUUCAUUCAAUAUCAGGGGACAUUUUACGGCGAUACUCAAAGGAUCAAAACGGAAAAGAUCUAUUUUCUGACGUUUGGGCUCUUGCUGUGAACAAGCCAGGCGACAGAAUCUAUGUAGCAGAUAAAGAUAAUGGAGUUAUUGCUAUCAAUAAAGAUGGGGCAUUGCUGUGGGCUUUCGAAGAUACAACGUGUUCUGAUGCAACUGGAAUUUGUUUAGACGAAAUGUUCCAUAACGUACUUGUUUUAGGGUACGCAUCAGACAAUGUUACACAAAUAGGACAAACGGGUAAAAAAGUAGGACAAGUUGUAAAACAAAUAAACGGCCUGAAUUAUCCUACAGCCAUGUGUUAUGAAUGGAAAAGCGAUACGUUGAUCAUAGCUAACAACUUCGGGUCAAACCUGCGAGUCUUCCAACUUAAGUAAUUAGCAACAGUUGAAUGCUAACCUGACGUGAAAAAUACUUCAAGUAUACAUUGUGGAUGAGUACUUUAAGUCCUGCACCAUGAUGUGAAUGUUCCUGUAAAUAUCAUGUACUUUUACGAUACAAGUAUGUACGUUAACAGGAGUAGACUGUUGGCAUAUAUAAAAUCAGUGAUGUGGUUUUCUUUCUGCGUGAUAAACAGCAAAGCAGCGUUUGAUGUUUUGGCUCUGUUAAUUGUCUGUCUAUAGUACAAUUUGUUACUUAUCCCAAAAAAUUAAUAAUAUCUAUCAUGUGUUUACAAAAUGAAUAGAAAUAUCCGCCCGAAGGCACCUGUGCAUUGGGCGGAAAUGAGGCUUAAACGCAUGACUGAUACUUUUCUUGCAUUUCGUAUACAUGUUUACAUUUAAUUCUGGCAGCUUAAUUUUCCUGCACACCGUUUUUUACAAACAACAGGUAGAAAUUCUUACGCAGCACGUAUUCUUUUAGUGAGAAAGUAAACGCGGGAAAUUAACGUCCGUAAGCAUACGUGACGUCAUGAUGUUUUCGUUACGUACAAGAACAAAGUUCCACUUUAGUUUUAUCAUUUGUAGCGUAACGUUAUGUUCUUAUGGUAAACCAACGUAUUUUCAAUCGAGAAAUAUACUAUUAGUAUCGGAGAGAAACCAUCAAGGUACCUGCUUUUUUUCGUAUUUUACAUAAACAACAUAUUAUCAGUGCAUGAACCACUAGUUGUCAUUAACAGCACGAGAGUCAUCUGCCAGAUGGAUUUUGCCAAACUCCAACACAGUAUGACUGAAAUACUGUUGAAAAACGGCGUUAAACCCAAAACAAACAAACAAACAAAAAACCUCCCCUUAUCGGACAAUAUUCCUGUGCGGAGGUUGGGGUUUGGCCAGCAUGGGCAAAAAUCACCUGAAACGCCAGUCCAGUGUGAAGAAAACAUAAUUCCCGUGUAAACGCGGGGACACCUCUAUUACAUGAUAACUGGUUAUUUGUACAUUGUUAACAUGUGCAUAUCAGUCAAGUCAAGUCCAGUCAAAUUAAGUCAAGUUAAGUCAAGUCAAAUAGUUUAUUUAUAUCUCUUCAUACGUGCAGCACUAUAAAAUAUUACAAUACUACAAUAUAUUAAAAAUACGUAUGCCUUUCUGUAAAGAAAUAAAAGAGACCAUUUAAAUUUAUAUACAUUUACACAAAAUUGUAUUCUAAAACCUAGUAUUAGGUCAGAUGACUAAGUCACCGACAUAAAACUAUGAAAACCCUUAUAAAAGGUUACUUACAUAAAUUUAAAAAGCAUAAAAUAAAAAAAUGAUGAGGAAACUGCGAAUCUAUCUGUGACUAGCUGAAAAUAAAUGCUGUCCUGAAAUGUUGAAUCUAUCUGUGACUAAAUAAACUUAACAAGUGCUAUCAGAGGACAGCAAUGCUCGACAAUUCGAAAGCCGUGUCAAUUGAAUGAAUAUCAAAGUCAGAUGAGGGGCAUAAUUUGUAAAGUUGCAAAACCGGGUUAUGUAACCUAAGCUUAUGAAAGUGGACAAUUCUGUGAAGUUUCAAUCCAUUCCUAAAAGUGGGUACUAAGAUACCACCUUACAUAAAAGAAAAGAGGAAAAACUGCUAAGUCAAAAAGGGGAAUGAUUUUGUAUAACAAAUGCAAAGUUAUGGAUCGUAUGUAUGAUCAUGACAGUAUACACUUGUAUUAAGUUUUAAUCCAUUCUCAUUAGUGUGUACUGAGAUACCUUCUUACAAACUUAACCAAAAACUGCUACGUCAUACCAGCUUACAAAUAAAACUUUAACAAAAAAAAUGAAAAGGUGGGAUAAUUUUGCAAAAUACAAAUGUAGAAAAAAAUCAGAGCUAUGGAACCUUUGCAAUGUAAGUCAGUUUAUCACAUUGAAUAAUUGUUUGAAUUUUCAAUUAAUGCCCACAAGCUGAGAUAAAAGAACUUAACCAAAACAGGACGACGACGCAAUAUUUCUUUCUUUUCUAAAUAUCAGUAUUUCUUUCAUUUCUAAAUAUCAUUAUUUCUUUCAAUAAAUUGCCCAACAGGAAGAAUAACUAUGUCGUGUAAAAUGUAAAUACUAGUAUAGCAAAAUCACUUUGUAUGAGAGUCGAAUCCUCAUGAAGACCUUUCAAGGUGAUUUUAUUUUUGUUUUUCCUAUUCGGUUUUCUUUCUCUUACUAUAUUUUACGUUUCUCUUUUGAUGAUUUGUAUUUACAUAUAUGUAUAUUGAUAUCAUAUUUUCGCUUUACUAUUCCAUUUUUUAUGUUUAAUUAUUAUCAUAUAUAUUAUAUUAUAAUUAUAUUAUCAUUAUAUUUUAUUUUUUUGUGAAAGUAAUGAACACAAAAAAAAAGAAAUGGAAAGAUUUUUUGCGCAACUGGUUGCCGUCGCUGAGUUUUCAACGCGGACUAAAGCUCUAAUCCGUAUGCUUAAUCUCUGAGCUGAUUAGCUGGUUGAUAAGUAACAAAAAUAUUAAAUUCCUCACACUUCAUUACAAUGUAUUCAUAGUUAUGAUUAUCGUAGGGGCAAAGUACGCUUGAGACCAUGCCAAACAAAACUUGUAAACCAAAAUACGGCAAUCUGACCUCAACAUCGAUUUAUACCACAAGGUUAUAGAUCAUGUAAUACUUUAUAGUAAUGUUUAAUAUCGAUUCUUCGUAUUGUUUGUGAUAGAUAACGGUAAGGAUAUAUGUGAUAUCAUCAGGUAUUGGAGCUUUAUACAUCAUAACUAUUUUGAUAGAGGAGGUCAUUGUUGCUAUGUAGUAAAUCACCAUGAAAGACCUUAUAGAAGUAGCGUUUGAUAAUAAUUCCUUCACCUAUGAGCACGCCCUAAUCGCGUUUGAAAAAAAAAAAAACAUGUCUGAUUUUAUCUUUUUAAAAUGACAAAAAUAAGUUGAUCCAAAUAUUGUGAUAAGUAUACGAAUUAACAUGUUAAAAGUCUAGCAAAUACUUAAGCUUAAGGACACUUAAUUAAAAAAAAAAUAAAAAUAAAGAACAUAGUCAAGCGAAAUUAUCCUGUUUUUUGAAGAGGUGUUGUUUAUGUUAUAUUUAUUAUACACAUCACUAGGGAAACGUAAUAAAUAUAAUUAGUUGAUAUACUCUUUUAAAUGCAGCCACACGGGUGCGCAAAAUUCAUCCUCUACUAGUACAGACAAAGAGCGAUCUGACCAGAGGGAUACAGUUAGAUAAAGCCCAUAGAACAGAAAGACAAAAAUCAUUUUAAAAUACAAGCUUA